AUGAGGCGCAUAUGCGUGUUAAAGACUGCAUUGGAUUUGGCAGCUGCACCGCUGUGCAUUGAGUCGGGGGUGUCGGGCAAGCUAAAUGGGGGCUGGGUAGCGUUCAGCGUAUAUUGCGACGCAGCAAGUGCGGAUGAAUGCAAGAUGAGGCGCAUAUGCGUGUUGAGCACUGCAUUGGAUUUGGCCGCUGCAACGCUGUGGAAUGAGAAGGGCCUGAAGUGGUAUGUUGGGCGUUGGUUAGAAGGAUUUGAGUGGACGAUUUUUGUUGGAGUGGAUAUGUUAGCAUACAUAGGGGAAGGGCUGCUAAUGUUGGAGGAAGGUCAGCGGUUGUGGAGUGCGGAUGAAUGGAAGAUGAGGCGCGUAUGCGUGUUGAACACUGCAUUGGAUUUGGCCGCUGCAGCGCUGUGGAAUGAGUGGGAGAUGGGGGGGAAGCUAAAUGGCGGCUUUCUAGCGUUAAGCGUAUAUUGCCACGCAGCUGGUGCGGAUGAAGGGAAGGAGAGGCGACUAUGCGUGUUGAAGACUGCAUUGGAUUUGGCAGGUGCAUCGCUGUGCGUUUAG